GGCACGUGGUUCAGCUCUUAGAGGGUGGAUUCCACUGGUUUGUCUUCAGUUCCUUUUGCAGGAAGAGCUCAGAAUCAUAACAAGGAAACGAACCCCAAAGAUGAGCCUCACAUGUCAAAUCUUAGCCAGCUUCCUUCUGAUUUUCAUCGUUUCCACCAAAGGUGCAGCCCCUGAAAACAAUGUUGUCUGGGGUACCCUGGGUCAUGACUUUGACCUGAACAUUUCUGGUUUUCAAAUGAAUGAUAAUAUAGACGAUAUACGAUGGGAAAAAGACAAAACCUUAAUUGCACGAGUCAAAAAUGGCAAGCUUAAAGAUCUUAAAGAUGAAAGAUACAAUGUAUCAACAAAUGGAGCUCUGAAAAUUAAACAUCUGAAGACAGAGGACAGUGAUACCUACAGGGUGGUUAUAUAUAAGAUCGAUGGGAAGAACGUAUUGGACAAAACAUUUCAAUUGAAGAUUCAAGAGGAGAUCUCAACACUGGAUAUGUUCUGGAAUUGUAGCAACAGAAACCUGACCUGUGAGAUAAAGAAUGGAACUAACCCUGAAUUAAUUCUGUAUCUAGAUGGAACAGUAUUAGGUAGGGCUGUAUCUAAAACUAUUUCUCAGAAGAUCGCCGCAAAAAAGUGGACGACCAAACGGAGUAUGUCAUUCAACUGCACGGCAAGGAACGAAGUCAGCGAGCAAAGCAGAGGGGUGACCAUCAAUUGUUCAGAGAAGGGUCUGGACAUCUAUCUCAUUGCUGGCAUUUGUGGAGGCGGCAUCAUCUUCGUUAGCUUUAUGACAUUACUCAUUUUCUACAUCAACAAGAGAAAAAGACAGAAGAGUAGGAAAAAUGAUGAGGAGCUUGAGAUAAGAACACGCCGAGCAACCGCCAAGGAAAGGCACCGGAAGCCCCGCCAGGGUCCAGGACCAGCUCCUCAAAACCCAGCUGUGUCCCAACCUCCUCCACCGCCUAGUCAUCGGCCCCAGGCCCACUGUCAUCGGCCCCCGCCUCCUAGCCACCGUGUCCAGCACCAUCCGCAGAAGAAGUCUCCUCCUCCAUCCGGCGCACAAGUUCACCAGCAGAAAGGUCCUCCCCUCCCUAGGCCUCGAGUUCAACCAAAACCUCCCCAUGGGGCCACUGAGAACUCGUAACUCUGUCUCCCAACGUGGUCGUCCCCUUCCUCUAAUUGUUCUUUCCCAUCAAGGCACGGUGGGGUUUCUCCACUCGGGGGGUCCACACCUCCACUUUCAUGCAGUGCGUUCUGCAAGUUAAGAUCAUCACCUCCUGGGCCGGGGGCCAUGGCCACGUCUGCGUCUCCUAGCUCCUCCAUGUGCCCUAGCACCUGGAGCCUCUGGCCUCCUCCCAGAUCCUUGUCACGCCAGGAAGGGCUAGCCAUCCAAGUGCCAGCAUCAGGAUGAUGGGCCACCGGGCACAAAGUUCUAGAGCUCUCCUCGCCUCCCCUUCCGAUCAUGCGCAGACGUGAGUUGUCUCGCCGCACCUGUGCCUCGCUGCAAGCGGCUACCUGCUCGGGAGACCCUCAGGUUUCUGACGUGCCUGGUGGACACUUGUCCACCAUCUUGGGAGUAGAAGUGAAAUAAAAGCUUUGAUUUGA